AUGGCGGUCGCAGAGGUGCAGGAUUCGCCGCGUGAGGGGCCGUCGUUCCCAACGCCGGCACCGGCUCAGGCGAUUGUUGCCGCGGCUCGAGUGGAGGGGAAAGGGACGGUGAAGGAACCUGAAAAGUUGGCGCUGCCGGCGCCUGCUGGGAGCCUUCCUCCGGCGUCGAGCAAGGCGUUGGUGUUCCCUGCGCGGCCGGGGUACGGGACGGUUGGACGGAGGUGCCGCGUGCGCGCCAACCAUUUCCUCGUCCAGGCCGCCGACAAGGACAUCUAUCACUACGAUGUGUCGAUUACUCCGGAAUCGAGGUCACGGGAAAGAAACAGAUGGAUAGUUAACGAGCUCGUUAAAUUGCACAAGCAAUACUUGAACGGAAGACUGCCUGUUUAUGAUGGAAGAAAGGGUCUCUUCACAGCUGGUCCACUCCCGUUCAAGGAGAAAGAAUUUGUUCUCCAACUAACAAACCCGGAGAGAGUAAAACAGUGUGAGUAUAAGGUGACGAUCAAAGAUGCUGCAAAAAUAGAUCUGUACAGCCUUAAGGAGUUCUUGGCUGGUAGGCAGAGGGAGCUGCCACAAGACACUAUCCAAGCUCUUGAUAUUGCUCUCAGGGAAUGCCCAAGUGCUAGGUACGUAUCGAUCUCAAGAUCAUUUUUCUCACAAGCAUUUGGACAUGGUGGGGAGAUCGGGAAUGGUGUGGAAUGCUGGAGGGGUUACUAUCAGAGCCUACGGCCUACGCAGAUGGGACUGUCCCUUAAUAUUGAUAUUUCUGCAACUGCAUUCUACAAGGCUCAACCCAUUAUAGACUUUGCAUUGAACUAUUUGAACAUCCAUGAUACUUCAAGGCGUUUGUCUGACCAGGAUCGCGUAAAACUAAAGAAAGCCCUCAAAGGAGUCCGGGUUAUGGCCACACAUCGCCGGGAUAUAUCCAUACGUUAUAAGAUUACGGGGAUAACCUCAGUUCCAUUGAAUGAUUUGACGUUUGAUCAAGAUGGGACAUUGGUUUCAGUUGUCCAGUACUUUAAAUGCCAAUAUAAUUACUGUUUGAAAUACAUUCACUGGCCAUGCCUUCAAGCUGGCAGUGAUAGCAGGCCGAUAUAUUUACCUAUGGAGGUUUGCAACAUACUUGAAGGACAACGCUAUUCUAGAAAGCUAAAUGAGUGUCAAGUGAGGAGCAUCCUGAAGUUGGCAUGUGAGCGACCAACACAAAGGGAGAGUAGCAUUUUAGAGGUAGUUGGUAGGAACAACUAUGGUAAUGAUUAUUGUGCCAAAGAAUUUGGCAUUAAGGUGAUAAAUCAACUUGCUUUGGUUGAUGCUCGUGUGCUGCCAGCUCCAACGCUUAAAUACCAUGACUCUGGACGAGAAAAGGUGUGCUAUCCUGUCAUGGGUCAGUGGAACAUGAACAACAAGAGAUUGAUCAAUGGAGGAUCCAUUAAGUACUGGUCAUGUGUGACUUUUGCUUCUCGCUUGCAUCCAAAUGAUGUCAGGAUGUUUUGCAACAACUUUGUCGGUGUGUGCAAUAAUAUCGGCAUGCAAAUAAAUGGGAGACCAUGUGUCGACAUCGGGCAAGCACGUCCAGAUAACUUAGAAGCUGCACUCAGAAAUAUACAUAGACAAUCUGCACAACUUGAGUUACUAAUCAUAGUAUUACCUGAUGCAAAUGCAAGUGUUUUUUAUGGAAGAGUAAAGCGGCUUUGUGAAACCGAGCUUGGUGUAAUAACUCAGUGUUGUCUACCUAAGAAUGUUCAGAAAGGUGGCCAACAGUAUCUGCAAAACCUGUCCCUUAAAAUCAAUGUUAAGGUUGGUGGCCGUAAUACAGUUCUCGAAGACGCAUUGCAUCGGAGAAUACAUCUGUUAACAGAUUUGCCUACAAUGAUCUUUGGAGCUGAUGUUACCCACCCUGCUGCAGGGGAGGAUGCAUCUCCGUCUAUUGCAGCGGUUGUUGCAUCAAUGGAUUGGCCGGAAGUGUCAAAGUACAGGUGCUUGGUGUCUUCACAAAGUCAUAGGGAAGAAAUCAUAACUGAUCUUUUCACAGAAGUGAAGGAUCCGCAGAAGGGACUUAUUUAUGGUGGAAUGAUCAGAGAACUACUCAUGUCAUUCUAUAAAGCAAAUGGAAGGCACAAACCUGGAAGGAUAAUUUUUUAUCGAGAUGGUGUCAGUGAAGGUCAGUUUAGCCAGGUCUUGCUUUAUGAAAUGGAUGCAAUUCGCAAGGCUUGUGCUAGCUUAGAAGAAGGCUACCUUCCUCCAGUUACAUUCAUUGUGGUCCAAAAGAGGCAUCACACACGGCUUUUUCCUGAAGAUCCUCGUGCACGGGAUCUGACAGAUCGAAGUGGAAAUAUUGUACCAGGAACUGUUGUUGAUACGAAGAUAUGCCAUCCCAGCGAAUUUGACUUCUAUCUCUGUAGUCACUCUGGCAUUCAGGGAACAAGCCGCCCAACACAUUACCAUGUUCUUUUCGAUGAAAAUCAUUUCAGUGCCGAUGCAUUGCAGACAUUGACUUACAAUCUGUGCUACACGUACGCACGCUGCACGCGAUCGGUCUCUAUAGUUCCCCCAGCAUACUACGCGCAUUUGGCGGCUUUCCGGGCGCGCCACUACUUGGAUGACGCUGUAUCUGACCAGGUAUCAUCUUCUGCGGGCAGCUCUCGGGAUCGUGCCGGCCCGGUGAAGCCGCUGCCAAAAGUGAAGAACAACGUGCAGCAGUUCAUGUUCUACUGCUGA